UCUUUGUGAAUUGCGAUUGGGAUAAGGAGUUGUUUAUCAUAAUGGAAAAAAGAGCACGCACAUUUCUAAACCUCAUCUUCCACAUCAAUCUUCCUCUUCGCCUCACAGCCUUAAAACUUCAAUCUCUCUAAUGUCAUUUUCAUCUUCCUCAUGAAAAAUGUUCUUUCCUACCAUUCAUUCAGUUUUGGCUUCUACUCUCUCUGUGAUUUCUUUGUACACCCAUAGAAGUUGAGGACACGAGCGAUUCUCUUCAGUUCAAGGCCACAUUGCCACCGCCUCCAUUUUAUAUUUGCGAACAUGUUAUGGUUCCCGACUACAUUCAAAACUACUUCACCCUUAAAUGUGUUGAUUGAAAGCGAUGAACUUUCUACAGAUGGCAGAGCAUGUGGCAGUCACACCAUCACCAUGUAUCAAGCUGCAAAUUUGGAGAACUCCAUUCAAAGUGAAAAGCUCCACACUAUGCAAUCUCAAUUUUGAAAGAGAACAGAGAAAAUCCUCUUGUCAGAGCGAUAUGUUCAUAAGGAUUUCAACUUGGAGAAGGCGUGAGCUUGGUGGUCCUUGUGGCUCAAACUUAAUUGUAAAUCCUGCUCCCAGGAAGAUCUUCAGAGAGCAUGCUUACCUAAGGUCUUUGGUAAACAUCGAUGGAACAACAGCCUCCGAGGCACUUUUUAUUGAUCAAUUGCUUCUGAUGACCAGUAUAUUUCUAACAUAUAUGGCUGGAGUAAUACCUCUACCAAAGUCUAAUCAACCUGGAAAUAUCAACUCUCAUACCAAUUCAGUCUCAGAUAACCAAACCUUUUCUGGUAGUGGCAUAAAGACUGAUGGUCAAAUUAAUCCGAAGCAUGCAUUAGAUGUAGUUAAAGGAAAAAUUUUGGAUUGUCUAGAUGCUUUUGAACGUAGGAAAAGUAUGGAAAGCGAGGUAUUUGAAUUUACAGAAUGUCAUGCCAAGCGACCCCUAAGCUUGAAUGCAAUUGGCGAGGGUCCAAGGUUAAGAUUGCUUUGGGCUUCUUUUCAACUGAUUGAGGAAGAGGUCAACAAUAUUUCCAAUGCUACUAUUCAGAACAUGGAUGAUUUGUCUAAAAUAUUUUCUGAAUUUAUCCAAAAAUCCUCUCAGCCUGUAUGCAUGUCUUGGCUGAGAAACGAACUGUUGAUGGAAAAUAAUGAUUCUAGUAAGGCAUUUCUUUCUUUGAUGUCUGAAAAAUUUAAAGCAGAAGAUAACAUUUUGCCAGGAAUUAAGAAGUCUGGCAAGCAAGAGCUGUAUGCUGAAUUGAUGCACUUUCUUAGUUUUGGUGCUCGCAGGUUGAAUGUUUUGGACAUUGAAGUCUUGGUUUGGGGUUUAUGGCUAGAAAGAAAUCAACAUGUUUUUGAAUGUUCUCUUUCUUCUCUAGAAAUAACUGUUUGGAGCCAGCUGGUCCAUCAAAUAAAAAUUGGCAGGGAUUUUUGCUGUUAUGACCAUAGCCUGUAUGUCAAGCAUGGGAUUUCAAUAUUAGAAGAUUUGCUGAUAACCUUCGCUGAUGGGAUUGCAAGUAUGUAUCUAGAAUUUAUUUCUGUUGACAGCAGUUUCUUUGAUGAAGUGGAUAAUAUUGGCUUGGCAUUGUGUACCCUAUCGACACGUGCACUCCAAAGACUGCGUAACGAGGUGGCUAUGAACCAAUGGUUGUAUCAAAACAUCGAGGCAAUAGUAUCGAUGUAUGAAGACCGAUUUGAUCUAUGCACUCUUAGUAGUCAACAGAUUGACCUACCAGGCAAUAGACAGGCCAAUAUUGAUAAUUGGUGGAUGAAACAUAUCCUCAGAAGAAGAGAAACUUUGUCUUCUCAGUUAUAUUAUGUUGUGAUAUGCUCCUUUGCCAUGCCUGUAAAGCGGACCAAGGAGUUGAGAGCGUUAAGGGGAUGGAGGUAUUACUUCAGCCUGUUGAUUGAAUUAUCCGACAUUACGAUGCCGUUGAUAAGAGUAGUAAUCGAUAAAAUCAGUAGUGGAAUAUCGUUCUUUCUAGUCUGUCUGAUUGGAAGAUCUUUGGGCCUCAUCUAUACAGGAAUCAGGCAGUCACUAAGGUGGAAAUGAAGGUUGGAUUGCAUUCAUCCUUUUUUCCCCCGGAGAAAAAUUGCAAAUACCCAUUAGAAUUUUUUGAAUUGAUAAAAUUCCAAUAGUGCUACCAUGUGCCAAGCUGAGAGCACCGAGUUCCGAUACGAUUGAACAACAGCUUCCAUAUUUAGCUUAAGAUUACCCUAUAGUUUAGAAAUAAUUAAAAAAGUCUUUGUUAUUUUGAUAGUUUGAAUUUCAUCGUUGGAUAAAAUUCCAUAGAUAGUCCAUGUGAUUUC